UGUAUUAGUGCUGUACGAUUUUUUUUCUUUGAUCUGAUUACGUCGAAAUUGAAUAUGUUAUAAAUUGAAACAAUCAUUUGCUUCUAUCGACACACGAAAAAAGUUAUUUGUAAUACAUACACACGCAUUAUUCGCAAGAGUGUACAGGACAUAAAUUAGAUUCAACGUUUGUGUACCCAUUCAAUUCAUCCGAAUUGAAUGAAGUGUUCAGUGAUCGCGAGCCGAACCUGUUUUUUUAUUCAACACUUGAUCAAUUUAAAUAUAUUUAAAAUACAGUGAAAGUUGAGCAACAUAGAUAAUUUUUUUUUAUUGAAAAUUGAAUUUUAGCCAGUAAAAGAACUCUACGGCAGUAAACGUCAAGUGUUACAGCAUAUUUUUGUCAAAGAUUGAAAAAAUAAAUUAAAAUGGUGAAGAGAGAGUGUUUGGAUGUGAUGAAGGCACAGCCCAAAUCACCCACAUGUUUCAUCUCAUACGAUCGAACGAUGAACAGCACAGUGUCACCACCAGUUAUGGCCAAAGAAAUUGAACGCGUUGAGAGCUCAGUGACUGUGCGCAAAAAUAAACGAUUGGGACGAGGCGCUGUUAACUCAGGACUGACAUGCGAAUGCGGCGUUUUUGCAGCAAUGGCCUGCGGAGAAUGGCCAACACAACGUAUCGAAAUUGCGCAAACGAUUUGCUUAGGAUUAGUCGCUUUACAACAUCGUGGACAAGAAUCGGCUGGAAUUGUAACCAGCGAAGGAAUAUGUUCAAAGAAUUUCAAUGUCUACAAAGGAAUGGGAAUGAUAAACACCAUUUUCAACGAUGAUGCAAUUCGAAAGCUAAAAGGAAACUUGGGAAUCGGUCAUACACGCUAUUCAACGUCGGCCAGCUCAGAGGAAGUAAAUUGUCAGCCAUUCGUUGUACAUACAGCGCAUGGAGCGAUGGCAGUCGCUCACAAUGGUGAACUGGUGAAUUGUGAAAGUUUGCGCCGGAACGUAUUAGAGCGAGGAGUUGGUUUGUCUACACACAGUGAUUCGGAAUUGAUCACUCAGGCAUUGUGUUUGAAUCCACCGGAAGGCGAGGAUGAUGGGCCAGAUUGGCCAGCACGUAUUAAGCAUUUAAUGACAUUGGCUCCAUUGUCAUAUUCAUUGGUUAUUAUGAUGAAAGAUAAAAUCUACGGUGUUCGUGAUGCAUAUGGCAAUCGACCCCUGUGUAUUGGCAAAAUUGUUCCGGUUGAUUCGGGAAAUCGCACAGUUGAAGAGGUUGAUGCUGAAGGUUGGGUUAUGUCAUCAGAAAGCUGUGGUUUCUUAUCAAUUGGUGCACGAUAUGUGAGAGAGGUUGAACCGGGAGAAAUUGUUGAAAUCACAAAGCAUGGUGUCAAACACAUUGAUAUUGUUGAACGUCCAGAAGAUCGCAAACUUUCUUUCUGCAUUUUUGAAUAUGUGUACUUUGCACGUUCGGAUUCAAUUUUCGAAGGUCAAAUGGUCUAUUCAGUCCGAAUGCAAUGUGGCCGUCAAUUAGCACGUGAGGCACUGGUUUCAGCUGAUGUGGUCAGUUCAGUGCCAGAAUCCGGUACAGCUGCCGCUCAUGGAUAUGCUCGUGAAUCGGGUCUUCAUUUUGCUGAGGUAUUGUGCAAAAAUCGUUAUGUGGGCCGUACAUUUAUUCAACCAUCAAAUCGUUUGCGUAAACUUGGUGUGGCCAAGAAAUUCGGUGCAUUGUCCGAAAAUGUGGCCGGAAAACGAUUGAUUUUAAUUGAUGAUUCAAUUGUGCGAGGCAAUACUAUUGGUCCAAUUAUUAAACUGUUACGUGAUGCUGGCGCAUUGGAAGUUCACAUUCGUAUUGCCAGCCCGCCGCUUUUGCAUCCAUGCUAUAUGGGUAUCAACAUUCCAACUCGCGACGAACUCAUCGCCAACAAAUUGAAACCAGACGAAUUGGCCAAAUAUGUUGGCGCCGACAGUUUAGAAUACUUGAGUGUUGCAGGACUGAAACGAGCGGUACAAUACAAUAUGAAAACGAAGAAUCGUGCGACGAGCGGUCAUUGCACGGCGUGCUUGACGGGCGAGUACCCAGGUGGGGUGCCAGAAGAGCUGUCUUGGUAGAAUGGAGCUUAAUAGAGGCUUCGUUCGUAGAAUGAUAGUUGAAUUUUCAUACACACAAACAUUAAGCAAACUUUGAGGCGGCUGUUGACUGUACGGCAUAAUUAUUCAAAGCAUUUCGAUUUUAAGCAGAAUAAAUAGCAGACAAUGAUAUAACUCAGCCAUAAAUUUAGAUUUAUACAUUUUUAUAAAACAAAUUUAUUAUUUUAAUUGGCUCUCCGAAAUUUUGUCAUAAGAAUUUCAUAGAAUUAUUAUUAUAUAAAAUGAUUUCUGGACGGAAUCGCAUACAUGCAUAUUAGAUUAUGAACAACAUUUUUAUAUGAACUAGAACUAGAUUGUAAUUAGUGUAAGAAAUAUUAUAUUAAAAGUUUUUAUUUGAUUUUUUUUUAUUAAAA